AUGGUGGCUUGCAAGGUGAGCAACGACAACAUGAAUCCCUCACAGAAUGUGAGGAACCCAGGAAUGAAUAGUUGCAUGGCUGGUAUUGCCCCUCCCUCUUUUGGUAAUUGUUUUAAUAUGAAAAUCAUGGUUUGGAAUUGUAGAGAGGCUACCAGGCCCUCUUUUCUGAGGUUUAUUAAAGAUCUGGUGAAGAGAGGAAGGCCUUCUAUUGUGGCUUUACUUGAAACUCGUUUAAUGGAUUUUGAGGCUAAGGGAAUUGUUAGUCAGUUGGGUUUUACUGACUGUAUUGUGGUUGAUCCUGAAGGGUUUUCUAGUGGACUUGUUUUUCUCUGGAACAAAGAAACUGUUGACAUUCAAGCCACUGCAGAAUCCAGAUGGAUUAUUCAUGCUGUUGUUACUGUCAAAAAUCAGGAUCCAUGGCUGCUUUCUACUGAUGUUGUUGUUAAGUGCAAUUUGAUUGAUGCUGGGUCUACUGGUCCUAAAUUCACUUGGAACAAUAAGCGAACUGGUGGAGCUAAUAUCCAGGAAAGAUUAGACACAGUCCUCAUCAACUCUCUUUGGAGAAGCAAAUUCCAUAAUGCUCAGAAAAGUUGGAAAGACAAUAAUAGCGGAUCCGCCUCUUCUACAUUUGUUUCUAAUAUUAACAACCUUCAUAAGGAUGCUAAAAUUUGGAACAAGACCACUUUUGGCGAUAUUAGGAAUCAGAUAAAAACCUCUAGACAUAAUUUGACCGUAGCUCAGGAUGAAUUUGAUAGUAAUCCUAGUAUUGAAAACAAAGGUAAAAUGACUAGAUGUUUGUAUGAGUACCGGAAAGUCUUGCAAAUGGAAGAGACCUUUUGGAAACAAAAAUCUAGAGUGCAGUGGCCUGCUGAGGGCAAUAGAAAUACUAAGUUUUUCCAUAUUUUCGCCCUUGUCAGAAGAAAUACGAAUAAAAACACUAUGCUUAAAAAUUCUGAUGGGAUUUGGCUUCGUGACGAAAAAGAUAUUGAGGAUCAUAUUGUUACUCAUUUUGAGGCUUUGUUUACUGACUCUGGAUGGGAUCCUAGAGAUGAUCGAGAACUUUGUCAACUUGUCCCUAAUGUUAUCACAAGUGAUGAAAAUGUCUCUCUCACCAGAAUGGUUACAACUGGUGAGAUUAAGAAAGCUCUUAGCCAGCUAGGGGCUCUGAAAGUCCCUGGUCCGGAUGGCUUUCAAGGUAUUUUUUUCUCCAAAUACUGGGAUCAAAUUGGUCCAAAUGUUUGCGAAAUGAUUACAUAA